AUGGCUAGUGUACACGGAGCUCGUAAAUGUGAGUGUCCGUUUAGAUUAAAGGGUAAACCAUAUUCAGAUGGGGCCGAAUGGGUGUUGAAGGUGAUGUGUGGAAAACACAUCCAUGAGUUGGUUGAAACUUUAGUUGAUCACUCUUGUGCCGGCAGGUUAAAUACGACUGAGCAGUCAUUACUAGUUGAUAUGACAAAGAAUCUACCCCCCCAACAGGAAAUUGGAAUGCCUUCUCUCUCACCUACAAUGACAGAGGGUAACAUUGCAAGAUGGUUGAAGAAAGAAGGUGAUAAAGUUUCUCCUGGUGAAGUGCUCUGUGAAGUUGAAACUGAUAAAGCUACUGUUGAAAUGGAAAGUAUGGAAGAAGGUUAUCUGGCCAAGAUAGUUCAUGGAGAUGGGGAAAAAGAAAUUAAAGUUGGUGAGGUAUUGAUGUCUUCUAGCUCUCCCCUCCUCUCUUUUUUGAAAAGGACUUUUUAUUUAUUGUCCCAGUUUGAAAUUGCAAGAAAAAAAUAUUUUUUUUACACUCCGUGUAUUGGGAACCUGUUGGUGUUUUUAAUUAAGGUGUUUGUGAGUGAGAAGCAAAUGUGUGGAAAACUCGAAUCCCUGAGUCUUCAACAAGAAGCAGUGUCUUUGAACCGGCCGCCGGCUUUACUUUCAUUUGGUACGCAGAAGAGAAACAUCUCCGUUGCUAGCAUUAAAAGGGGUUCCAUUAUCGGGUCUGGGUUCACUGGACUAUUUUCAAAAGGGAUUGACAGUAACUCUUUUAUUUUCAAUCAACCGUGUCCUCAAAAAGAAGUUCACAGGUGUUGUCAAGGAGAUGCUAUGCGUCAGCCUCAGGCUACUGCAUUGGCUCUCCGCAAAGUUCCUCAAUGUAACAGUUCAUGGACAAAUGAUUAUAUUCGCCAGUAUAAUAAUGUGAAUAUUAAUGUAGCAGUGCAGACUGAUAAUGGGCUCUUUGUUCCAGUUAUCAGGGAUGCAGACAAGAAAGGCCUCUCUACAAUAGGGGAGGAGGUCAAACAAUUGGCAAAGAAAGCCAAAGAAAACAGCUUGAAACCCCAAGAUUAUGAGGGAGGUACAUUUACAGUGUCUAACCUGGGAGGGCCAUUUGGUGUCAAACAAUUCUGCGCAAUCAUCAAUCCUCCUCAGUCGGGCAUUCUUGCAUUAGCUUCUGAUGCAGCUUCUAGUCAAGUUUCCGCACCCUCAAAGGCCAAGGGUACAACGGAUGCAGCUCUAGAUUAUAUCGACAUUCCUGUCUCUCAGAUACGGAAGGUCACAGCUUCACGGCUAUUAUUAUCAAAGCAAACUAUUCCUCAUUACUAUUUAACAGUGGAUGCAUGUGUUGAUAAACUCAUGAGUCUGCGGAGCAAACUCAAUUCAUUGCAAGAAGCCUCUGGUGGCUCCCGCAUAUCAGUUAAUGACCUUGUAAUCAAGGCUUCUGCAUUGGCUCUCCGCAAAGUUCCUCAAUGUAACAGUUCAUGGACAAAUGAUUAUAUUCGCCAGUAUAAUAAUGUGAAUAUUAAUGUAGCAGUGCAGACUGAUAAUGGGCUCUUUGUUCCAGUUAUCAGGGAUGCAGACAAGAAAGGCCUCUCUACAAUAGGGGAGGAGGUCAAACAAUUGGCAAAGAAAGCCAAAGAAAACAGCUUGAAACCCCAAGAUUAUGAGGGAGGUACAUUUACAGUGUCUAACCUGGGAGGGCCAUUUGGUGUCAAACAAUUCUGCGCAAUCAUCAAUCCUCCUCAGUCGGGCAUUCUUGCAGUUGGAUCUGCUGAGAGGAGAGUCAUUCCGGGAUCAGGUGCCGAAGACUUCAAAUUUGGUUCUUUCAUGUCUGUGACCCUCAGCUGUGAUCAUCGUGUUAUAGAUGGUGCAAUUGGUGCCGAAUGGUUAAAAGCAUUCAAAGGCUAUAUUGAAAAUCCAGAAUCCAUGUUGUUGUAAGAACAAGUAGAAGGCUGACAUAAUGAACUAAAUCUGUUUCAAGUCAUAAAUCAUAUUUCAGACGGGAGGAUGAGGUUCUGUUCACCCUGGUAUUUCUAUAUUCCCAUUUGGGUUUGGUUGAUUGUGUCCCUGAUCAAUUUUUUAUUGAAGUGUUCAGUCACUGCAAAUAACUUUUGAGGAAUGUAAUUUUUUAAUAAGAGAGCGUAGAUGAGGCAUUUAAUUUAAACCCAAAAAUUGUGCUAACAAUAGAUGCUGCCCAGAUACACAGCUGAUUAUGAAACAUUUUCUUUAUUAAUUGUUG